GUGGACUACAAGGACUGUACGGUUCUGUACACCUUCUGGCAGGGCGUUAACCCAGAUGACCGGAAAGCCAUCUGCGCCCAAGUGGCGCGAACACAGCAGAAGCUCGAGGUUGUGAUCAUCGUGCAGCAGGCCCUUCGUCAAAAAAGCCCAGCAGAGCAGUACAUGGCGGACUUGGGGCUUCCUGGCCUAAGCCUGCUGUGGUACUCACCUGUCGGUGCGCAAGGCGGGCAGAAGUUUCGGGCCUACACCUUUAUCACGGAACUCGGUAGGCGUAAGCAGCAGGCGCCGAGUCCUGAGCGGCUGCCACUCAUCCAGGCAGGGGUGGAUGACGCAGAAGCCCCCAUGGAGCUUGCAGAUGGCGCCGAGCUGGCCACAGCUGCUGAGGCAGCGGCAGCUGCUGACCCUGUUGCUCCUGACGCGGAAAUGGAGGCUGUCGUGGAUCCUGCUUUGGAGGUAGACUAUGACGCCGCAGAGCCUGCACCCAAGAAACCCCGGCUGUCGUCUCCUAGCAAGGACCGCACAGCCCCUGCUGCUGCUGCUGCUGCUGCUGCUGCUGCUGCUGUGGCGGCGGGUAUCAACACUCCUGCUGCACGGCGGGUGGCGAAUGGGGGCCCCCAAACCUGCAACGCCUCGACUUCUCCAUUGCAGCUGUUUGCUGCCGCUGCUUCUGCUGGUGACGGAUCCGCCUCAGGCGUGCUUGGUGGCGCGGGCACAAGCCCAGCAGGGCUAGCGCCACCUGCAUCAGCCACCGCUGCAGACCUGGUGCAGCACCAAAGCUGCUGCACGCAGCCCUCUGCUGCUGCUGCCGCUGCUGCUGCUGCUGCUGCUGAUGUGGCUACCAGCGGGUCCCCAGCAGGCGUGCCAAUGGGGCGGUCUCCGCCGCUGAGCACGGCAGGAGUUGUCCCCUCCCUGGCUCCAGCCUCCUCUCCACCCGUGCCUACAGAUCUG